UCAUCUUCUCUGCCCGUAGGGUUUGCCUUUCAUCUUCUCUUUUCGUCGUUGCUGUUCGGCUUCGUUGCUUCGCAUGAGGUGUAUAGAUUGCACGCGUGCUUCUUCGGCUCCUUCGUGGCUGUUCGACUUCGCUCCUUCGACGACUUUCCCUUCCUGUCGGGUCGGAAGUUAGGACAUUUUUGAUCGGAUGCAACAACGGGAGCUCGCUGGCUUUGAAGGUAUCAAGAGGGAGACGUGCAGUAACUAGGGUUAUUAAAGAAGAUUCCACUUCCCUCCAUCUUUGGUUUGAAUCAUGGGAAAAAGAUCAAAUAAGCGUAGGAGAUUUCCAAAGCCGGGCAAGGCUCAUGCCCAAGAAGAUGAUGCAUAUAUGGAAAAAGAAGUGGAUGAUGAAAUAGAUGCUUUUCAUAAGCAACGGGAGAUGAUUCCGCUGGAUGUUAAUGAAGAUGCAGGAGAUUCUGAUGAUGAUCUUGAAGAACCAGUUUUUGAUUUGGAGGGUUAUCAAAAUGGUGACAGUUAUAAUGGUAGAGAAGAUGACGAUGGGGAGGAUGAGGAUGAAGAUGACAAGGAUAACCGAGAUUUUGAUGAUUUGGAAGAUAAAGGAUUUGCGGCAAAAAUUGCAAGGCAGGCAAAAUAUCUAAGGGAAAAGUUUGGAGGUGGAGAGGAUGAAAUGUCUGAUGAUGAUGAGCAAGAUGAAGAAAGAAAAGCUGUGUGGGGUAGCAAAAAGAAUUUGUAUUACAGCGCAGAUAAUAUUGAUUAUGAACUCCAAUCAAGUGAUGAGGAUCUUCCCAUGGAAGAGGAGGCUGAAGUGCUGAAGAUCCAGAGAGAGAAGGCAAAAACACUAGAAAUGGAAGAUUUUGGUCUUGAAGCUUCUGAUCGAGAAGAUAGUGAUUUUGAUGGUGAUGAGAAAACUUUUCAGGAUUUAAGCAAAGUGAGAGUUACCCAGAAACCUGGGGUAGAAGUUAUUGAUGACUUAACUAUUGAUGACUAUGAAGAGAUAAAGAAAGAUCUCAGUGCUUUGUCUAAGGCAGAGCAAAUGGAUGUUGUUUAUAGUUCUGCUCCAGAACUUGUCAGCCUUCUGUCAGAACUGAAUACAUCCGUUGAUCAACUUCAACAAGUGAAACCACUUGCCUGUAAGCUGGUUAGGGAAGGAAAAGAUCAAGCUAGAGGGAUGGACUAUUUGGAGCUUAAACAGAUUGUGCUCUUAACUUAUUGCCAAGCAAUUAGCUUUUAUCUUCUCCUCAAGUCAGAGGGACAUCCCGUUCGAGAUCAUCCAGUUAUUGCCCGGCUUGUAGAGAUAAAAAAUCUUUGGGAAAAGAUGAAGCAGAUUAGUUUGAAAUUCCCCCCACAGGAAGGAGAUGGUGGCAAUCAUACUUAUGAAUCCAUGAAUAAGUUAAAUGGACAGGAUGCUUCAUUGGAACUCAAACCUAACAUGUUAGAUAUCUCUGCUAAAGCAUUAGUGGUGUCAGAAAUGACCGGAUCAUUAAAGGAUAGCGCCAUGGAUGUUGACAGCAAGAGUGCCAAAAAGAUCCAGAAUUCUCAACUUGAUUUAAAAAGCAUUGAGAUGAUGAAAAUUAGGGAAAAUCUUGAGGCGAAGUUGAAGCAGAAAGGUAUAUACGGUCAUGUCCAGGGGAAGGUUGACAAAACUUUAAAAGAUUUAGUAAAGCCUCUUAGCAGGAGCCAUGUAACAACAAAUGAUUAUGAUGAUGUGGUCGCCUGCACUAAACAGCAUGAUCCAGAUGAUAGUCAUCAAGUACUAAACAAACUUGCACAAACUGCUCUUACUAAAGCAAAGGGAUGGAAGGUUGUUUCUGGUGAUGGCGACUUGCCAAAGAGGGAUGAUAUUGCAGAAAGGAGAAGAAAGCAUGAGCUCAGGGUUCUUGCCAGGGCUAGAGUGAUAUCAACGGAUGAUGGUGACGAAGGCUAUGAUAACCCUGGAAUAAAUACUGUUGGCGCUGAUUUCCAAGAAAAUGAAGAAUUGGAAUCUGAAGAUGAAUUCUAUAGAAAAGUAAAGACACAACGGGUUGAAAAGCUUAAUGCAAAAUCAGAACUUUAUUCAAGAGCUCAUGCCAUACCAAUGGUGGAACCCGAAGCUGAUGGUAAACGUCAAAUCACUCGUCAGAUGGAAAAGAACAGAGGUCUCACUCGCAACAGGAAGAAACUUACCAAGAAUCCACGAAAGAAAUACAAGAUCAAGCACCAGAAGGCUGUUAUUCGUAGGAAGGGGCAAAUACGAGACAUUAGGAAGCCCAGUGGUCCUUAUGGUGGCGAAUCCACUGGAAUCAAUACUAAUGUUAGCCGUAGCAUUAGAUUUAAAAGUUAAAAGACUGAAGCAGAUUUCAGUUUAUUUUAUGACUGGAAGAGCUAGAUUUCAGCCAUUGUUGUUUCUUUAUUGCUGCUUUGUGGCGAGCCAUUUUUCUUGUUGGUGGCAGAAUUCAUUGUUACAGUAAGGUCACUGUAAAUCAAGUAAUUCAAUUUGGUUAUCUAUAAAUUAUACGGCAAUUUUUUCCUUUCUUA